AUGGCGUCUGCAGAUGGGAGACCGAGUCGCUCGUUCAGCCAGGGCUCGACAGGUUCGUACCUGAAUUCCUGGCUAUCAGGGCGCUUCUCUCCGGCGACGUCGGCAAACUACUUGGAAGGCGAAGAAGCUCCGGGGAACGACGAUGAAGCUCUUCACAGUACUCAGCAAAUGUCAAUACGGCUUCGACAAGCUGGAGGUGUAAACAGCUUGGAUAAUUUCGCACGGUCGUGGCAGCGCGCAGCAGCUUUCCCGGAGAUUCUCCCGCGUCGGUCGUCCUUCGUGUUCGAGUAUGAAGAGCCCGGCGAAACUGACGAUGGCCCGGACGGAUUGGACCAGAAGCCCACCACCGUUCACCCACGUCUUUCCACCAGCUAUGCCUCCGGACGCUCAAGAUUUCCUUCGGUUAGCGUGCACGACGAAUCCAACAGCUCUUCCCAAGAUCUGAGGCCGCUGCUAAGCAGAGAAUCGCCGACGACAUCUGCUCUUCUUAGAGCAUACGACACUUCUUCCCUCGGUAGGAGUUUUGGGACUUCCUAUGGAACAAUUGCUUCCCACGCAAGUGAGACAACUCGACAGCGCGCCCUCGAGCUUCACCAUGAACAUCGUCUCAUUGGUGAUGGAGGUGGGGGAGAAGGAGAGCCAGAGCCCGGCAGAGAACCGUUACUUGUCAAGCAGAUACAACAUGAGGACGGGACCAAGGAAAGUAUCAUUGUAGGCCAGAGUACUGUGCCACAAACCAUCUUCAAUUCGGUUAAUGUGCUGAUUGGAGUCGGGUUGUUGAGUCUGCCUCUUGGCAUGAAGUACGCUGGCUGGCUGAUUGGGCUUUUAUUCCUGGGUUUCUCAGCUGUGGUCACAGCAUAUACUGCAAGGGUUUUGGCCAGAUGUAUGGAAGUCGACCAUCACCUCGUGACUUACGGAGAUCUUGCCUACGUUAGCUUCGGCCAUCGCGCUCGUGUCGUGACCAGUCUGUUGUUCUGCUUGGAACUGCUAGGUGCUUGUGUCGCUCUGGUAGUAUUGUUCGGAGACAGUCUCGGUUCUCUUGUACCUGGUCUCAGCUUUCUUCAGUGGAAAAUCAUCUGCGGCAUUAUUCUACUGCCGCUAAGUUUUGUGCCUUUGCGUUUCCUGAGUGUCACUAGUAUUCUCGGCAUACUCUCAUGCACCGCAAUCGUGACAAUUGUCUUGAUAGAUGGUCUCAUCAAGCCAGACGCACCUGGAUCCCUUCUCCAGCCCGCCAAAACAUCGCUUUUCCCGGACAAUUGGGCAACUCUACCACUGAGCUUUGGACUUAUCAUGUCUCCCUGGGGUGGACAUGGUGUCUUCCCAAAUAUCUACCGCGAUAUGAGACAUCCUUACAAGUAUGACAGGAGUCUACUUAUUACGUAUAUUUUCACGUACUCCCUCGAUUGCUCAAUGGCCGUAAUUGGUUGGUUGAUGUUUGGAGACGGUGUUCGUGACGAGAUUAUAGUAAAUGUCUUGGAGACCUCUGGCUAUCCUCGUGCACUUUCCAUCUGCAUGAUAUUAUUCACUGCAAUCAUUCCAAUCACCAAAGUUCCUCUAAAUGCUCGACCACUUAUCGCAACGGCUGAAGUUAUUUGCGGCCUGGACUCGUCGAAUCGUCAUGAUGCCUCGCAACAUGGUAAAGCAUUCUCUAGCACCGUUGCCAAAGUCCUUAUACGUGUCUUCAUGAUCGUUUUGAUCGUUUUCAUUGCAAUCGUCUUCCCAUCCUUUGACCGCAUCAUGGCCCUCAUGGGCUCUCUUUUGUGCUUCACAAUCUGCAUCAUCUUGCCACUUGCUUUCUACCUGAAGAUCUUUGGUACCGAUAUUCCGAUUGGCGAGAGAAUCUUUGACUGGUUGCUGGUUAUCGUCUCAACGGUUAUGGCUGUUGUUGGAACAACAUGGGCCUUCUUGCCAUUCCCGGAGUAA